AUGUCGAUUGAUAUCAACUGGGAGACACUCACGGGCGGUGCAGAUGGGACCGCCCGCGCAGAAUCAAUCCGUGCCUUCAUUCACGACAAGUUCCAGCAAGUGACGCUGCCUCGGUUCAUCCGAUCCGUAAAGGUCCACUCGUUCGAUUUCGGCAGCGUGCCACCAGAGAUCGAAAUCAAGGAUAUCUGUGACCCCCUUCCGGACUUCUACGAAGAGGAUGAAGAUUACCCAGACGAGCCCGAGGGUGAUGAUGAAAGCCCUUCCGGGCCGUCCAACAUAGAAGUUCACUCAUCAGCACGUCCGCGCGCAACUCCGUUUAUCAAUACGAAUGCACCCAGCUUCCGGGCCACGCUGACGCCGGCCGAGCAGCUGGGGAGCCCGCUCCUCCCCAGAGCCUCAACACCAGGCAUCCCAGGAGGGACAUCCAACAUCAACUACUUUCAUCUUCCUUUAGGGGCCGGCCUGUCUGGUGCAACUACACCACUAGCUGCCGUAGCCGGGGCUCAGUUUCAAGGCUGGCCCGACUAUCCUCAUGGCCGACCAACAACCCCGACCGAGAAUCGCCUUCGGAAUGCCGCGUCUUUCGGCUCCUUGACAUUGACACCACAAUCAAAUCCAGAUCCUGGUACCCGACCUUCUUCUCAACACCAGCACGAUUCCCCAAGGAGAAACUCCGCCGCAGAAUCAGCAGGUUCGUCUUCCCAAGGAAGACUUCACCGUACCCCUUCUCCUUCCCCCCCACCGCGGAUGCUUGAAAAGAGGGUCGAAGACAUCCAAGUCGUUGCACAUGUGCAGUACUUUGGAGACGUCAAGAUGUCGCUUACCGCGGAAAUUCUCCUUGAUUAUCCUAUGCCAAGCUUUGUUGGCAUUCCGUUGAAGCUGAACAUCACUGGACUGACCUUUGAUGGGGUAGCCAUUCUAGCGUAUAUUAGAAAGCGCGCACACUUCUGCUUUCUCUCUCCUGAAGAUGCCGAUGCCCUUGUCGGCGGCGAAACAAGCCUUGGCGCCCUUCAGACGGACACCCAGCCCCCAGAACAGCAUAAUGUCUGUCGACCCAGGAUUGGCGGCCUCCUCGAGCACAUCAGGGUCGAAAGCGAGAUCGGUGAUAAGGAGAAUGGAAAACAGGUCCUCAAGAAUGUUGGCAAGGUUGAGUCGUUUGUUCUAGAGCAAGUCAGGCGGAUCUUUGAAGAUGAAUUCGUCUAUCCUAGCUUCUGGACGUUCCUUGUCUAA